AUGGAACAAUGGGAAACCAACAAUAAUAGAAGUAAUUUAUUAGUUAAUUCUUUUGUUUUUCAAAAAUUAUUCAAUUUAUUAAAAAUGGAAGAAGUUAAAAAUAAAGAAAUACAAGAACAAAAACAUUGGAGAUUGGAUAUUGGUGAAACUGUUCACGAAGAUUUAACUCCAAAAGAUUUAAAUGUUGGGCUUUUCAAACAUUUUAUUGCGGGUGGAACUGCUGGGUUCUUUUCUAGAACAACUACAGCACCUUUGGAUAGACUAAAAGUUUUUUUACAGGUCAAUCCAACUUACACUGUUCCUUCAGCACUUCGAUAUUUACAUAAAGAAGGAGGAAUUUUAUCAUUUUGGCGUGGAAAUGGUAUAAAUGUUACAAAAAUAGCCCCAGAAUCAGCCUUUAAAUUUAUGGCAUAUGAACAAAUGAAAAGAAUUGUUAAAUGGGAAACUGGGCAUACACAAUUAAAUAUGUCGGAAAGGUUUUUUGCUGGUGGGUGUGCUGGGGCUUUGGCACAAACAAUUAUUUAUCCGAUGGAGGUUUUAAAAACACGUUUAGCGUUGAGAAAAACUGGAGAAAUUGGAAAUGGGUUGGGUGGACUUUUUGAAUUUGUGAAGAAAAUGAAAGUUAAUGAAGGAAUUCUGUGUUUUUAUAAGGGUUUCCUUCCAAAUCUUAUCGGAAUUUUUCCCUAUGCUGGAAUUGAUUUGACUGUUUAUGAGACAAUAAAAAAUUGGUGGAUAUAUAGACAUCCACAAGUUUCUGAACCUGGUGUUAUUGCAGUAAUAUCAUGUGGUAUAAUAAGCAGUACUUGUGGACAAAUAUUAACAUAUCCUUUGGCUUUGGUUCGAACACGUUUACAGGCUUUAAAUUUAAUAAAUGACCAGCCAACAACGAUGAAAGGCCAAUUUAUUUAUAUUUACACAAAAGAUGGAAUAAAAGGUUUAUAUAGAGGAUUUAUUCCAAAUUUUAUGAAAGUGAUACCCGCAGUUUCUAUUUCAUAUGUUACUUAUGAACAAUGUAGAAAAAUGUUGGGAGUAAAAAUGAGCUAA